AUGACUGGUUUCUGGCUGCUGCUGCUGCUGUUUGUCGCCAGCGCAGUCCUGGUUCUUCAUGCGUGGAGAGCUCGAAGCAUCGUCAACAAGGCAGCGCCGACGUACCGGCCGGGGCUGGAGCCAUACCCGCUGAUCGGGCACCUCCCACAGUUCUUGGCUAACCGGCACCGCGUGCUGGAUUGGAUGACCGAGGCACUCGAGCGCCAGACCACGUGCACAUUCGUGCUGCGCCGGCCGGGCGGCGUGCGGGGCGCGAUCACGGCGAGCCCUGCGAACGUGGAGCACGUCCUGCGCACCAGCUUCGACAACUACCCCAAGGGGCCCCGGUUCUCGUCGCUGCUGCACGACUUCCUCGGCCGGGGCAUCUUCACCGCCGACGGAGAGGCUUGGCGCGCGCAGCGGAAGGUUGCCAGCCACGAGUUCACCACGCGCUCUCUCCGUGCCUUCGUGGCGCGCUGCGUGCACGCCGAGCUACACGGCCGCCUCCUCCCGCUGCUGCGGCGAGCCGCGGCGUCCGGCGCCCCCCUCGAUCUCCAGGACGCGCUCGAGCGGUUCGCGUUCGACAAUAUCUGUCGCGUCGCCUUCGACCACGACCCGCGCCAGCUCGCGGACAAUGGCGACUACACGGCGGACUGCACCUUCGCCGAUGCGUUCCGUGACGCUGCGAAUCUCAGCGUGGGCCGGUUCCGGUACGCGGUCCCGGGGUUUUGGAAGAUCAAGAAAGCGCUAAACGUUGGUUCUGAGAAGCGGCUGCGGGAGUCCAUCGCGAUGGUGCACGACUUCGCCGAUCGCAUAAUCCAGUCGCGCCGGGAGGAGAUGCUGAGAGCCGGUUUUGACAAGCACGACCUCCUGUCGCGGUUCAUGGCGAGCCAGGACGAGACCUACUCCGAGUCCAAGGUGCCCCUCCGCGACGUGGUGAUCAGCUUCCUACUGGCGGGGCGCGAGACCACGUCCUCGGUGCUCACCUGGUUCUUCUGGCUGCUGUCCUCGCGGCCGGACGUGCAGCGCCGCAUCCGCGACGAGGUCGCUGCUGUGCGCGCCCGGCGUGCACAGGGCGACGUCGAUAACGUCAUCGGUUUCGACCUGGACGAGCUCCGCGAGAUGCACUACGUGCACGCGGCUAUCACGGAGUCAAUGCGGCUGUACCCGCCGUUGCCACUGAACUCGUUCCGGGAGGAGACGGAUGACGUCCUGCCCGACGGAACAGCCGUGCAGGCAGGGUGGUUCGUGGCGUACACUUCAUACGGGAUGGGGCGGAUGGAGUCUGUCUGGGGCGACGACGCGCAGGAGUACCGGCCGGAGCGGUGGCUCAACCCCGUUGACGGGACGUUCCGACCGGACAGCCCGUUCCGGUUCGUGGCGUUCCACGCGGGGCCCAGGCUGUGCGUGGGCAAUGAGAUGGCGUACAUCCAAAUGAAGUCCAUCGUGGCGUGCGUGCUGGAGGAGCUCGACGUCGCGGUGGACGGCGCGUACAGGCCCCGGCAGGUUGCGUCGCUGACGCUGCGGAUGGCGGACGGGCUCCCCGUGACCGUGAAGCUAUCACAACUCCAUCAGUUCCUACACCAGGCAAUGUUAUGUUGA